GUUUUUCUUAAAAAAAAAAAAAAAAAAAAAAAAAACUCACCAACAGUCAUUUCACCGUUCAGAGGUCAAGAAAUCGUAUCUAUGAAAUUUGGCUCAAACAUUAACCCCAAACCCUAAAAUCGUAUUCUAUGAAUUUUGGCUCACUGUUGAAAUGGAAGAAGCUCUGAAACGGAUUCGAUUUGAAGAAGAAGAAGACGAAGAUCGAAUGAGUGAGUUACCAGACAGCUUACUUGUUGAAAUCCUUUCUCGUUUACCCUCCACAAAAGACGCCAUUAGAACAACUACACUCUCCAAACGAUGGCAACAUCUUUGGACUGCUGUCACUAAUCUCAAUUUUAGACACCCUGAUGGAUUAUUCACAAGCCCCGAUUUCUUUUCUUUCGUCGACAAAACCCUAACUCAGCGUCCCCAAUCGAAGCUUAACAAACUUACACUUGUUACCCGCUAUGGUAAUUGGCGUAAAUCUCGGGUCCACAAUUGGAUUCGUUAUGCUGUAAAUUGUAACGUUGAAGAUCUUCACUUAAUGUUAUGGGAACCGUGGGAACCGGAACCAAGAACUGGGUUUCCGCUAGACGAUUUUGUUUUCAUCGGUUCAUGUUUUACACAUCUCACAUUGGCAGGUUGUGCGUUUAAUCCCACUGGAGCGAUUAGUUGGAAAAACCUUAGGAGUUUACGUAUCAUUUAUGGGAAUUUAGAUGAAGAUUUGAUUGAAAACAUAUUAUCUGGGAGUCCUGUGUUGGAAACUCUGGUGUUGAACGGUUGCUAUGGUUACAGGCGGUUAAAUAUCACUUCAAAAAGUGUUAAGAACUUGGUGUUCUCUAGUUACCUGGCUGCGGAUCUUAUAAAUGAUCCUUUAGAUGUCAUCGAAAUCAAUGCUCCGAAUAUUUUGUCGCUAAAAAUUGAAGGUGAACUGAUGUUGUGGAAGAUUUUGUUGCUAAAUGUGUCUUCUUUAGUUGAAGCUGACUUAGAUUAUAGGAAGCCUUUUGGGCAUUUUGAGACAACCCGUGAAGAAGCUGACGAGGAGAUGCUUAAAGAAUUUAUACUCAACCUUCGACAUGUCAAGGAUCUCAAAAUUCGGAAUUCCUGUUCCAAGGUCCUUGAUUGUUUAAAAGCUAAAGGUUUCAUUUCUCCAUCGAACUUGAAGGUCCUUGAUAAUGGUCCUGCAGGCAAUGAGUUACAACAGCAGGUUGAUGCUGCUACCAGCAGUGGCGAGGAGGAUGGCAAAUCUAAUGCUUGAUAUCCUUGAGUGAUUAUGUUCUGGUGAAUCCUAUGUUUGAACUUACAUAAAUAUGGUUAACAUACUCGUGUUUUGUAGCUAGACCAUGCAUGUAAAUCUUUUCUUUUCUUGCUUGAUCAGUUAUAUUGGAAGUUUAAUUAUGAGUUAUACAAUGUGAAAGUUAACGCUUGA